AUGGCCCGGCAUUUGACCCGGUAUGGGCUAGCAGUAUUUUUCGUGGUUUUGCUCGUGUGCCAUUUAACCUUGAAUCCUAAAUUGCCAUGGACAAAUGUCACCCACAAGCUUCGACCUGUCAAGACUAGAUUGGUGUUUGGCAGCUCGUUUCCUAUAGACGUUUCGGCAAUUCCCGACUUUAUCAACGAUACUCCACCACUUCGAGAGAAUCCAAACUAUAACUAUGAACAUAUCGAGAAACAUAGACCAGAGAGCAUUCCUGUGAAAAAGGAAGUUUUCCACCCCCAUCCGUUCCAGGUUUACGACACGGCUCAGGACAUUGGCAUGGACUUGCAUCAAUGUGGGUUGCUCAGAAAUAACGUUUCCACAGAGGUGAGUGAAGCUACAAACUUACAUACGCCUUUAUGUGACAUUGUGGCUCGAGUCAUUAGAGGAAUUGAUCGUGGAGAUGAUGAGUACUUGUCUGAGAUGGCUCCUUAUUUUGAUUUACAGAUCCGUUUACAACUCAAGCAUCAGGUCUGUCAUCGCCACUGGUUCAGACUUGCGGGUUCUUCACUUUACUUGGACCAAUAUGGCUACCACAUUAUGAUUUCUCGGUUGGCAUACUCUCCUGAUGGAAAUAGACGUGACCCCAAAUUCUCCUUUGCAUAUGCCCAGUUAUACGAUGAAAACUGGCAAGAAGUCAGAGACGUGAGUCUUGUUAUACCUACCAAUGAACAAGGUGCUGAGUUUUACGUUGACGAACAGGCAUUUAGGGUAGCCCAUUACCCUCAAAUCAUUCCUGUGCCAUUCUUUCACAAGUAUAAGGACCGUGCGUUGCGGUACCUUGGGCCAGAAGACCCCAGACUAAUUCUUGUCAAGAACAAAAACAAUUAUGAGGAGCCAAUGAUGAUUUUUAACUUACACCAUCAGAAAUAUGCCUUCGCUGAUGAUGACGAAGACAGAAUGCUUCUUAAAAAGCCUACCACGUAUCGUUCCAUGUGGAUCAGUUAUCCGUGGCAAUUCCAAAAGGGCAAGAAUAACGUGGACGACCUUGUCAACACUCCCACUCAUAAUACGACAUACGCCAAGGCGGUCGAACUACGAAUUAAAAAUAUGCCUCGUCAAUCAAAGCAAAAGAAUUGGACACCCAUGAUUAGUGAUGCUGACCGUGAAGUGAACGGAUACGACAAGACAAUUUUAUUCGUCUAUCGCUGGGCGAGCAUGCAAGUUCUCAAAUGUGACUUGGAAACUGGUAAAUGUGGGUUCCUCUAUGAGCAGAAUGAAAAUCUCAAGGUGUCGUCGUCAAUUGGACCAUUUAGAGGGGGCACGCAGAUGGCUAAUGUUCGUCACGUCUUGCAGGCUCAGAAGCAAAACUCUGAGGAAUUACAAAAAAUCAUUCCUCCUGGCCGUGAAAUCUGGCUAGGGUUCGCUCGUGCCCAUUUGGUCAGAUGCGGAUGUGGUAACGAUCUCUAUAGACCGAACUUGGUCGUUGUCUUGAAAGACACCAUCAUAGUUAACGGCGAGCCUCAAGAAGUGUUCAAAAUGAGCCAUGUGUCUUCGUUUGUCUCGCUCAACAUCGAAAUCGUCCCCUGGGAUCCACUGAAACCGUACAAGCUUUGUUCUGGCACCAAUGCACUUAUUCCAAACGGUAUAUCACACUGGAAAGUGUUCUCGCCUUCCAAUUCCAAAGCGAUCAAUAUCAGGAGCUUCAUGGAUGAGCUAGUAUUGGCAGUGUCUGUCUCCGAUACAACAGUCUACAAGGUGAAUAUUCGUGGUCUUUUGAAAGCACUUGUCACUGACGAUGCACUCUUCUUACCUUCCGGUGCAAGUGAGACGGAGAUUGAUAAAUCCAAGUUGCAAGUACCCACGGAGCUUCAGUUGAAGGCAGGGACUAUGCCAAGUUUCAACAAUGAUAAUCUUGUGUGUGCCAUGCUUGCAUCAGUUAAGUUUUGCUCGGACUAUGGUAAAGAGAAACUUGCUAUCGAAAAAGACCAUAUUCUAGACACUAUAUUCCUAACGGACACGGAGGAGGAGGACACGAAAAUGGACAACUAUCACGACAAUCUUGAUGAGCUCGGAAUAGACCCUAUUUAA